UUCUCUUUUUUUUUUUCAGCCCCCCUUGAAAAGACGAGCGGGUUCGUGUUAGGGUCCAACGCUGCCGUGUCAUUGUGCUCAGAAGGGGGGAAAGCGUGGUCAGCAGUACAGUUGGCUUCACUGCAGCGUUUCUGGUACCUGGUUGCAAAAUUGGAUUUUAAACCAAUCAUGGAUGCAGAAAAAAGAGAGGUUUUAGAUGUGCCAGCAACUCCAAAUCAAGAGGAGACAGUAAUGGAGCAAGAGGCAAAACUAGAAGCAAUGGUGCAACCCACGGAGCCUGAGAAUCCACCAGCUGCUGUGGAAGAAGUUGACCAGCUGGUGGUGAAAAGCCAAGAAACAGAAAAGCCAGUUGUGGUAGAAAAUGUGAUGCAGGAAAAUAAAGAAGGCAACAUGAAAAAGCCAGAGGAGGAGUCUGUGCCCUGCGCAGCGGCACCAGUAAAAUCAGCCGAGUCAUCAGUAAUGGUCUCUGACCCUGCUGCAGCUUUAGGACAGCAUCCUGUGCCAGAGAAUAUUGCAGAGACUACCCCUGAACCAGAGACAGAGAAACCAGCAGAAAUUCUACCACAAGAGAAAACUGUACCCAAGCCAGAUGUGGAGAAACCGGCAGAUACUGUACCCGAACCAGAUGUGAAGAAGCCAGUUGAAACCCAGCCAACCAACAAAGAAGAGGCAAAGGCAGAACCAGAACAAGCGAAGACAGAGGAUGAAAUGACCACCGGAGUGGAAACAAAGAUGGAAAAAGAAGUAGUUGUGGUGACUGAAGCUUCAUCUGAGAAGUUGUCAGAGCCAGCAGCAAUUGAGAAGGUGCCAUUGGGUGAAAGUGGGGAACCUGCCUCGACUGAGAAAAAAGUCAAAUCUGAAUCUGUUAUUCCUGAGGAACCGACAGCAGAAGCUGAAGCUGUUAAAUCUGUGCAGAAAGAAUCAGAGCUUCAAAAGGAGGAAGAUCCUGUUCCUGCUCCCAACUCACUUUCUUUUGCCCUCCUGGAACACAAGGAAACGAAAGAUGCCCUACAAAUUUCUCGCACGCUUAUUGUCCUCAGGGGCCUUCCUGGAAGUGGCAAAAGCUUUUUGGCACGAGCCAUAGUGGAUGCCUACAAAGACCAGUGCACCGUCUUCUGUGCUGAUGACCACAACAUAAAGCCUGAAAAUCCCUCUCCUGACGGGUACAAAGCUCUGGAUGAUGCUGUAGUGGCUCGCUGUUGUGACGAGACGGCAUCCUCUGUGCUGAUCGUGGUGGAUGAUACCAACCACACCCACGAUCGGCUUGCCCGCCUGGGAGAGAUUGCAGAGGAACACAAUCUUGUUGCUAUCUUCUUGGAGCCGCAAACCGAAUGGAGCAGAGACUUAAGUCAGCUGAAAAAGAAGACUGGCCGUGGACUAGAGGAGGCCCACCUGGAUGCAAUGAAGGGUCCACUCAGUGAAACAUCCCUUCCUCUUUAUUUCGGUUGGUUUCUUUUCUCUUCAGUACAGGACAAGGUUGGAUGCACAGCAAUGGACUUCUUGAAAACAUUGGACACCCUGGAAGCCUUCAAAAAACACAUUACUGACUUCACAGGACAAGCUGAGAAGGAGGUGGAUCUGGAGCAGUACUUUGAGGCCAAGGGAGUCCUCCACUGCACUACAAAGUUCUGUGACUAUGGGAAAGCAGAUGGUGCAAGCGAGUAUGCAAAGAAUCCAGUGGUUAAGAAGUUCUACAGUGCUGUGUUCGAGCUGUCGCUGACUGCUCUCUUUGUCACCCCUCGCACCGUUGGUGCCAGAGUGUCCCUAACCGAUGAGCAGCUCAAGCUUUGGCCAGCGGAUACAGAAAAGGAGUCGGAGGCAGAUGUUCCCGGAUCUGCAUCUCUGCCUGUCGGAAGCCGUGCCCACAUCACGCUGGGUUGUGCGAAAGAUGUGGAGCCGGUUCAAACGGGCUUAGAUCUGCUCCAAAUCCUAACCCUGCCUCAAGGCGAGGUAGUGGAAGAGAUGGAGCUUGGCUCGCUGCGAUAUUACGGUGAAGGAAGGUGGAUGCUCAGCCUCAGAGAGCCAAUUUGUGCUGCAACUUGCUUCUCUAGCUUCUACGGACGCAAGGAGCAGGAGGAUCAGCAGUCACCUAAAAAAGAACCAGAAAAGAAAAAGACGAAGAAGUGUGCCAUUCUGUAGAUGGAAACGGUUGUGUGUCAGAGGGUGUGGUUGGUGAAUUAAAACUUAGGCUUACUUUGUGAAAGAUUGGUGUUUGUUUGUGCAGCAUUUAGGGCUUCAGUUGUAGCCAUCCUAAAUCCACAAACAAUGUGCCUUUUUAAUAUUGAUUUGCACCACAACCCAAGAUGCCUUAGACAGAGUUAGGCACGUUAUUGGUUCAGUAUUUUUUUUAUUUUAUUUUUUUCCAUCACACUGUCCUGUUAGCUGCAGUUUCACCUAGGAUAGCCUACUUCCACAGCCACACAGUGUAUUUAAAAACCUAGGCUUUCUUCUGCAUAGGCCAAUGUUCACACUAGAUACUCUGCUUGCAUGCAUCACUGGUUUGUUUUCCAUAAAUUACUGGAUUAAUGUGCUAAACAUAGCUCUGUUUCCUUUGCCAUAGUUUCAUAAUUCUACAGUAUGUGUGUUUGUGCAGCUUAGGAAGUAAUGGUGAUUAGCUUCUGGACCAAAGUUGCAUAUCAAGUGUUAGAUUCAAUGUCAGUUGUAGAGAUUCUUCCUUGUAAAUCGAUGGCCUGUGCUUAGCUUCAGAGGGAGAAUGCUGAUAAACUUGACUAUUUUUUUUUUUUUUUUUUUUUUCAAACAGCUUGCAUUUGUGGUUUAUGAAAUGCUGUGAGUCUGCCAACGUUUUGCAAUCUUUUCUACUGCGCAAUCCUCUUUGACGAGUACUUCCAUGUUGGUUUGUAGGCUGUAAUUUUUCUGAAGUCCUACUUUGUGUAGCUCUUAUGAAUCACUAUUUUUGCACUUGUUUUGUACACUCAAUAAAGAGAAACAUGCUUUGCUGUAA